GGGGAACCGAAGACCUGGUAUGGUGUUUCAAGUCUUCACGCUGAGGAAUUUGAGAGGGCUAUGCGAAACCAGGCGGCCGAGCUGUUCGACCUCUCACCGGACCUGCUUCAUCAUAUCACCACUAUAAUGAACCCGAAUCUGAUCCAAGCCGAGGGUGUACCAAUCUACCGCACAGACCAACACUGUGGCGAGUUUGUCGUGACUUUUCCAAGGGCGUACCAUGCCGGCUUCAACCAGGGUUUCAAUUUUGCCGAAGCAGUUAACAUAUGUUGCCCUGAUUGGGUAAGAUUUCAAAGCCCUCCUACCAAGCACUACGCCUCCGUUAAGCGCCAGUGUGUCUUCUCCAAUGAUGAGCUUCUCCUUACACUGGCGGAAGUAGCUGCUGGCAUCCGCCCUAUGGAGCAGGCCGCUAUGUGGACUGACCUCACUGCUGAGCGUUUCCGCAGCACCAAAUCUACUGGAUUUGACAUCAACGCUCUGAGCAUCAUCCAUGAGGAGUUUGCUGCCGUGCUGGAACGCGAGGUUGCUCAUCGUACUCGUCUCGCAGGUCUGCGCAGUGAGCGUGAGCGACUGGAUGAGCUGGUGGAUGACGAGCGUGUUUGCGCCGUAUGCCAAACCACCCUCUUUUUCUCUGCCUUAAUCUGCGUCUGCAAGGCCUCAAAGGACGGCCAGAAGGCGGGGGGUAGACCCACGAGAACUGCAGCUUCUAAACGCAAGAAUGCCCAGACUGAGACCAAUGAUCAAGAGACCUCGCCGGUAGCGUCGCCCUCCAAGAUGGUCUGUCUUGCCCAUGCGGAUUCCGUUUGUGGAAGCUGCAAGCUGAAGGACUGCACCGUCAAGUAUACCUACACCAUUGAGGAGUUAGAGGCCGUCAGGGCAAAGCUUGCAGAGAAGCUGGCUGGUUACGACGCUUGGCGCACCGAGUUUGGUCAGUUUUUGGGUGUCUUGAACGCCCCUACUACGGAUUCCAAAGGGCAGUCGGUCAAAUCAGAACCUGACAGCGCCAAGCCCUGCUGUACAACAACGCUAAGGGAAUUUGAGUUGAAGUUGGCUGAAGCUGAAAAAUGCGGCUACCACAACGACCUUCUUUACCGACGAGCCACAACUUACCUGAAGUCUCUGAAGGAUCUUGUCACCAUCUGUGAUCAGGUCGUCGAUUUUCUUGACAGUAAGCACCCCAAAGGCGAUGACCACUCUGAGGCAAUUUCUAUUGCAACUUUCCAACUCAAGCGACCGGCCACGUUUACCAUCUCCUCGGGAAGUUCUGAUUCCGUCAACAAGGCCUAUUUAAAUGUGAACCAUGAAGUCGACCUCAGAAACGCCAAAGAGACAAUUGCUGCCUCGCGGGCCUUUAUUCUGCCCGGUCCAGGUGUCCAGCUAUUGUCUGCAGAUGCUACGAAGACCAAGCCCGAGGCCCCGCUAGAGGGUCUGCAGCAACAAUUUUCCAAACUUGCACAGGAUUUACGCACGGAGUUUCCUGGCUGGUGUGACCACAUGGAGGAUUUCGCCAUUAUGACGCUGGUGAGUAACUGGGGCUGUUUUUUUCUGUCUCAGUGA